AUGGCCGUUGACGUGGCAUCGAUGUCGGUGGAGGAGUUGGAGGCCGUGUGGCUGAGGCGAGCCGGCAUGAGGAGCGACCUGAGUGUGGACUAUACCGGGGGUGACUGCACCAGGAGUGACUGUCGCCCAGCUUCUGUUAUGGAAUGGAUUUCAAGAUCUUCACCACUUGAUGUUCCUGCUUCCCCCCUUGUCCCGUCUCACCUCCCAUGCUAUGCCCUCCUCCACCGCCCCUACGCCCCUCCAAAGGUCGCCAGCUUCUGUUAUGGAAUGGAUUUCAAGAUCUCACCACUUGAUGCUCCUGCCCUUGCUUGUGCCGCACGUUCACUGCUGCUGUCGUUCGCCGCUGCUGCCAUGGCAGGCAUGCUGAAGCAUGCUGACGCAGCCCUUGCGGGUGCUGAGAAGGUGAGUGGUGGUGGUGAGGGCAUGGGCCCUGUGCCGGGCUGCUGGCAGAAGCAGAUGCACUGGGAAUCGUGGGACGAGGCAGCCGACAGGCUGGCGGACCAUGCGGUUACCAGUCACAAACCUCUGCACCACACCCAUUCACACCUGCGCCGAGCAGGGGGGCUCUCACCGAUGCAUCCCUGGACGAUAUGCUCAUGCUUCAUCCGCUCCUCCUCCUGUCUAACCAACCCAACCUGGCCUGCCAUCUCCCCUCUCUCCCCCCUUCCUCUCCCACAGCCGAGCAGGAGCGCUCUUCACCGAUGCAUCCCGGACGAUCUGCUCAUGCUGGAGACUAGCGACGUGCAGGUAUGGAGUGGUGGAGGUGGGUUGGGGAGUGGUGCAGAGGGGUUGAACGCGUUUG